AUGGCCGACCCGGCGGUGGCGGUGGCGGCGGCGGUGGCGCCCGGCUCUCCUCCGGAGGCGGAGGGCGAGGAGGGCCCCGUAGGCCCCGGGAGGGAGAGGGGGCGAGGGUGCGCACCCCAUGGAUUUCUCAAAGCCCAGAGGGGAUUUGGCAAGCAAGGCUUCCAGUGUCAAGUUUGUUGCUUCGUCGUCCACAAGAGGUGCCAUGAAUUUGUUACCUUCUCCUGCCCUGGUGCAGACAAAGGUCCUGCCUCUGAUGACCCGCGGAGCAAGCACAAGUUCAAAAUCCACACGUAUUCCAGCCCGACCUUCUGCGACCACUGUGGCUCGUUGUUGUACGGACUCAUCCACCAAGGGAUGAAAUGCGACACGUGCAUGAUGAAUGUCCACAAACGCUGCGUGAUGAACGUACCGAGUCUCUGUGGGACGGACCACACCGAGCGCCGGGGCCGGAUAUACAUCAAGGCAGAUAUUGAGAAUGAGGUCCUCACGGUGGUCGUACGAGAUGCAAAAAACCUGGUUCCUAUGGACCCCAACGGCUUGUCAGACCCCUACGUGAAGCUCAAACUCAUCCCUGACCCAAAAAGCGAGAGCAAACAGAAGACUAAAACCAUCAAAUGCUCUUUGAACCCGGAGUGGAACGAGACUUUUAAAUUCCAGCUGAAGGAAUCUGACAAAGACAGAAGAUUGUCGGUCGAGAUUUGGGACUGGGAUCUCACCAGCAGGAAUGAUUUUAUGGGGUCCCUGUCCUUUGGGAUUUCGGAGCUGCUGAAAGCAGGCGUGGAUGGCUGGUUCAAGCUGCUGAGCCAGGAAGAGGGCGAGUACUUCAACGUCCCGGUCCCCCCUGAAGGCGAGGAGGGCAACGAGGAGCUCAGGCAGAAGUUUGAGAGAGCCAGAGUUGGCCCAGGAGCAAAGGUGGCAGAGGAGCGGAGCGCCAACGCCAUCUCGAAAUUCGACAAUAACGGGAGCCGGGAUCGCAUGAAGCUGUCGGACUUCAACUUCCUGAUGGUGCUGGGGAAAGGCAGCUUUGGAAAGGUGAUGCUCUCGGAGCGGAAAGGCACCGACGAACUCUACGCGGUGAAGAUUCUGAAGAAGGACGUGGUCAUCCAGGACGACGAUGUGGAGUGCACCAUGGUGGAGAAGCGGGUCCUUGCUCUCUCCGGGAAGCCCCCUUUCCUCACGCAGCUCCACUCAUGCUUCCAGACCAUGGAUCGCUUGUAUUUUGUAAUGGAAUACGUGAACGGGGGCGAUCUCAUGUACCAGAUCCAACAGGUCGGAAGGUUUAAAGAGCCUCAUGCCGUGUUUUACGCGGCAGAGAUAGCCAUUGGGCUGUUCUUCUUACAUUGCAAAGGGAUCGUUUAUCGGGACCUGAAACUCGACAAUGUGAUGCUGGACUCAGAAGGGCACAUCAAGAUUGCCGAUUUCGGCAUGUGCAAAGAGAAUAUCUGGGAUGGGAUCACCACCAAGACCUUCUGCGGCACUCCGGACUACAUUGCCCCUGAGAUAAUUGCUUAUCAGCCUUAUGGGAAAUCCGUGGACUGGUGGGCCUUCGGAGUCCUGCUCUAUGAAAUGUUGGCCGGGCAGGCACCUUUUGAGGGAGAAGACGAAGAUGAGCUGUUCCAGUCGAUCAUGGAGCACAAUGUGGCUUAUCCGAAGUCCAUGUCCAAGGAAGCCGUGGCGAUCUGCAAAGGGCUCAUGACCAAGCAUCCAGCCAAGCGCCUGGGGUGCGGCCCCGAAGGAGAGCGCGAUAUCAAGGAGCACGCCUUUUUCCGCUACAUCGACUGGGACAAACUGGAACGGAAAGAGAUUCAGCCCCCAUUCAAGCCCAAAGCGAAAGAUAGACUGGACACUUCCAACUUUGAUAAAGAAUUCACGAGGCAGCCGGUGGAACUGACGCCUACAGACAAACUCUUCAUCAUGAACUUGGACCAAAAUGAGUUUGCCGGAUUCUCCUACACUAACCCAGAAUUUGUCAUCCAUGUCUAGGCCGGGUGGCCCCACUUGCUGUCCUUUGUAGUCACAGGUCUGAACUCCAGGUUGCCUUGUCUGUGUGGACGCUCGUCUUCCGGGAUUUGCAGUGCAUCCGUUGAAACAUCCACAUCCUUUUAGAGGAGAAGAGGCGGCUGCUUCUCUCGGGUGGCUUCCCCUCCCCUGUGUGUACGCGUGUCCAGUUUGUUAGCAUUUCUGGAACCGCUUGAAUAUUCAAGGAUAGCAUUUCUAGACUCUUCAACCAGUGGCUACCCGUAGGGUUUUGAAACACGUCAAGAAUAUUGUCUCAGACUAUCCGGUUGGCUAGCCUCUUUGUAUUUUUAGAUUUCUCUGGCACUGAUUAACUCGUAUGUCUCUCUGUUUGUUUCUGAAUGCUGAGCAUGAUCCGUGUCGCCAAGCGUUGUGCCAUGAAUGGACGUUGUUGUUCAAGAAUCCUGGCUCGUUUGUUUUGUUCCCAUUCAAGUCAAAACUAAACCCGGUGAACCCUCUUGUCCAGAAGGUCUGUUUUCCUAAACUUGCUUGUCUUUGGAGAUCCAUGGUGAA